UCGCAGAAGUGAGGCGGGGGCGGUGGGCUGAGCGGGAACUUAAACUGCCGGGGUGGAGAAGGAGCGGCGUUCUUCCGUGACACUCGGCUGCCCAGAGGGGCACAGCCGACGGGCGCGCGCCUGGGGCUGCCCUACAGCCCUUGGGCCGCCAGUCUCAGGGUGUCCGGCUCCAAGGAAGGCCCCAAAGCCCCACACACGUGCGCGCAUAGGGACAGGCACUCGCGGGCUCUCUGGCGGCCGCAGAGGGUUCUGAAAGUCCUUUCCGGAGUAGGGUGGGCACCGGCGGGAGGCGUCGCAGACUCCGGGUUGAAGAAUAGUGGCGAGACGGGUGCGGGGCGCCUGCCGGCCCCUUCCGACCUCUGGGAGCAGAGCGCUCAAGAGCGAGGCCGUGCCGGCCGCCUGCGCUGCGCCGGGCUAAUUUUAACUGUUGAUUACCUCUUCAGCGAAGACCCGCUCGCGUGUCCCUUCAUAGGUCUCAUUUGUAAUUGAGACGAAUGAUUACAGAGGGGCGGGAAGGAGCAGCUGCUCAUUAAUUAAUUUCUAAUUAAAAGUGCCUCUCGUUCUCGGGUGACUAAGGAGAAAUGCCGCUCGCUGGGAGAUACUGACUCGGACGGAAUCCAUUUGCUAACGCCCCAAGGAAUGGCCCCUCGGCCCACCGCGCGGCCGGGACUGUCCUCGCCCCGCCCGGCCCGAGCCGCCUGCGGAGAGACCCGCGAGUGUGCCGCCGGGCCGGGCUGCGCUGGGUGCGGCUGACGUCAGCGCCUCCGCCGCUUAAAGCCGCGCACAUCUGACUUGACGGGUUCGCGCGACUCGGUUUUUUUUUUUUUUUCUUUUUUGCAAAAUAUGUAUUUCUGUCGCCGCUGCGAGGCCGGUCAGUCCAAGAGCCCCCUCGGACCUCGGGAAUGCGAAGUUAAAAGGAUCGCUGCGUCCAGUGCGGCUCACUUUGUUACCGGGUUAGGAAAGUUUGCGGAGCUCAGGGGUGAACUAACCGGCUCUCCUGCUUCCCACUCCCAGCGCCUAGAAGCCCGCAGCCCCGGAGCAGCGGCCGCGCGACGCCGGCCCCAGCGCGCAGGAUCCUGCUGGCCCCGCCCGUCCGCCCCGGGUUGCGCCCGCCAUGUCCUACCCGCAGUUUGGAUACCCCUACUCUUCAGCUCCCCAGUUCUUGAUGGCCACCAACUCUCUGAGCACGUGCUGCGAGUCGGGCGGCCGCACGCUGGCGGAAUCCGGGCCCGCCGCCUCGGCCCAGGCGCCCGUCUACUGCCCGGUCUAUGAGAGCCGGCUGCUGGCCACCGCGCGCCACGAGCUCAACUCGGCCGCGGCCCUGGGUGUCUACGGGGGUCCCUACGGCGGAUCGCAGGGCUAUGGCAACUAUGUGACCUACGGCUCAGAGGCGUCCGCCUUCUACUCGCUGAACAGCUUUGACUCCAAGGACGGGACGGGAUCUGCGCAUGCGGGCCUGGCGCCAGCCGCUGCCGCGUACUACCCUUACGAGCCGGCUCUGGGCCAGUACCCCUAUGACAGGAUCAAAGGGGUAGGUGGCCAUCCUCAUAAAAUAAUUGGCCUGGACCUCUCUGGCUUGGGAAGGAGCUCAGACUCCCUGUACGGCACCAUGGACAGCGGCACGCGGCGCAAGAACGCCACGCGCGAGACCACCAGCACGCUCAAGGCCUGGCUGCAGGAGCACCGCAAGAACCCCUACCCCACCAAGGGCGAGAAGAUCAUGCUGGCCAUCAUCACCAAGAUGACCCUCACGCAGGUCUCCACCUGGUUCGCCAACGCGCGCCGGCGCCUCAAGAAGGAGAACAAGAUGACGUGGCCGCCGCGGAACAAGUGCGCAGAUGAGAAGCGGCCCUUCGCGGAGGGCGAGGAGGAGGAGGGGGCCGAGGAGGAGACGCGGGAGGAGCCCCUCAAGAGCUCCAAGAACGCAGAGCCCAUGGGCAAAGAGGAGAAGGAGCUGGAGCUUAGUGACCUGGAAGACUUCGACCCGCUGGAAGCGGAGCCCCCGGGGUGCGAGCUGAAGCCGCCCUUCCAGUCCCUGGACGGCGGCCUGGAGCGUGUCCCCGCCGCCCCUGAGGGCCCGGGCAAGGAGGCCUCGGGCGCUCUCCGGAUGCCUCUGGCCGCGGGUGGCGGAGCUGCUCUGGACGAGGACCUGGAGAGGGCCCGCAGCUGUCUUCGCAGCGCGGCGGCCGGGCCGGAGCCACUGUCGAGCACAGAGGGCGGCCCUCAGGCCUGCGAGACCAAGCUGGGGUUUGUACCGGCGGGGGCCGCGGGCCUCGAGGCCAAGCCGCGCAUAUGGUCCCUGGCGCACACCGCCACAGCCGCUGCCGCCAGCGCCCUAAGCCAGACUGAGUUUCCAUCGUGCAUGCUCAAGCGCCAAGGCCCCGCGGCCCCUGCGGCUGCGUCCUCCGCGCCUGCCACGUCCCCGUCUGUGGCCCCUGUCCCCUCUGGUGCCCUGGACAGGCACCAAGACUCCCCGGUAACCAGCCUCAGAAACUGGGUGGACGGGGUCUUCCACGACCCUAUCCUCAGGCACAGCACUUUGAACCAGGCCUGGGCCACCGCCAAGGGCGCCCUCCUGGACCCCGGGCCUCUGGGACGAUCGCUGGGGGCAGGCGCGAACGUGCUGACGGCACCCCUGGCCCGCGCCUUUCCGCCUGCCGCGCCCCAGGACGCCCAUGCUGCGGGCGCCGCCAGGGAGCUGCUCGCCCUGCCCAAGGCUGGCGGUAAACCCUUCGCCUGAAGCGGGCAGGCCUGAGCCCAGGAGGGAACCCGCGUUCAAGCGGACAGCGCCAACUUUUUUUCCUGAGUUUCCAGAGGAAGACUCUUCUGAACUCGGACCCCUGGGAACAUGGACAAGCCCCGGCGCUGCCACGCAGGGGCCUCCACCACCUGGGCUUGAGUCCCAGGCCAUUCCCAAACAGUCCCAGGCCAUUCCCAAACGACGCGGAAGGAGAGGCUCUGGGGCAGAAGAGGCCACCCUGAGCAUAAAGUUUACGUAAAAAGUUUACAUGAGAAGGCGGUUCCGUUCUGAAGCGCGGUCAGCUGUCCUCCGGCUGAGGCACGCGGUGUUGGUUGUGAAGCCUCCUGGCCUCCGAUUUCAUCCUCAGCACAUAACCCACCAACAGCACUUGCACUGACCUGACUCUUGCACACUCUUGACUCCAUAAUAUUAUGUUUUUUAAAAUGUAUGUUCACACUGCUUCAGAGGCUGAUAAAACCAAUAAAACC